AUGAAGGUUAUGAGGUGCGAUUGGUUGUUAUGGAUGCGUGCGGAAAUUGAAGAUGAGGUUGGCUUGCAGUUGUAUGUGGAAAUUGGACAGAAGUGGAAAGAAAUUGGGAUUACGGUGGCGAUUGGUGGAACUGUAACGGCGAAAGAGAUGGAGGUUAUGAGGGGCGAUUGGUUGUUAUGGAUGUGUGCGGAAAUUGAAGAUGAGGUUGGCUUGCAGUUGUAUGCGGAAAUUGGACAGAAGGUGAUGCUGUUGGAGAUUAACGGUUAG